AUGGGGAAUCGUUUUGUAAAACCUGAAGAAAUUUUCGAAAUAUCACAAUUUCGAAACGUAAUAAAAAAAUGUAAAAAGCCAUUCAUUCAAAGUAUAAGACGGGAAUAUCAGGAAAAUUCCGAUUAUCCUUUUGAUGCCAAAUUUAUGUGUAAAAUUGAUGCCUAUUUUCGAUUUAUUUGGAAUAGUUACUUUUCCUCGCCAGUAGAACGAAUUUUGCAUAGUGGAGCAUUCAUACUUGAUCUCAGAUGUGGCACUGGAACUUUCCUCUUGGAUCUUUGUACCAAAUAUCAAAAUAGCAACUUUGUUGGAAUAGAUCAUCGUGAUGCCUACUUUCCACGUGAUCUUGCAAAGAAUUUAAAGAAUGUGAAGUUCAUUAAACACGAUAUUCUUGGUGGCAUUCCAUAUGAAAAUAAUACCUUCGAUUUUAUUUAUAUGAGAUUUACGAUGAAAUAUUUUACUGAAGCUGAGUGGAAAACGAUCAUCAUUCCAGAAAUUGUCAGAGUUUGCAAGCACGGUGGUUGGAUAGAAGUAUGGUUUAAUUUAAUCAAUGAGCCUGUACACGUGGAUGUCAUUAAACUAACUAAAUGUUUUGUAAUUUUAAGAUUGUGGACACCGACUUAA